AUUCAGCAUAACAAACACUCUUCCACAAUCUCACCAUGGAUCCUUUAGGCAACUGUGCGUUACUCUGCUCCUUCUUUCUACUGUUCUCUUUUGCUCAAUCUGCAGUUUUCGUACAGAAGGCAGAGGCAAGUAGUCUUCUUUUGCAAAGACGCAGACGGGCCAAUGUAGGUAUAUUUGAAGAGUUCAAAAGAGGUUCUAUUCAGCGGGAAUGUCUUGAGGAAGUGUGUUCGUAUGAAGAAGUCAGAGAAGUAUUUGAAAAUGAGAAAAGAGCUAUUGAAUUUUGGAACAAGUACAAAGACAAUGAUGCAUGUAAAUCAAAUCCCUGUCAAAAUGGGGCAAGAUGUCAGGAUGGGGUGAAUAACUACUUAUGCUGGUGUGUGGAUGGAUUUGAAGGCUGGAAUUGUGAAAUAGCCAAGAAAACAGAAAUUGAUUGCAAUUUUGCUAACGGUCUUUGUGAGCAAUUCUGCAACAAUAUGGCUAAUGGAUCUCGUGAAUGCAGCUGUGCAGAAGGUCACACUCUGGGAGAAGAUGGCAUAUCCUGUGUUCCUGCAGUGGAAUAUCCAUGUGGAAAAGCACCAGUGGUGAUGAAACAAAAGAAGGAGACAAGAGCAAAAGAUGGAAGAAUAGUGGGUGGAAGCGCAGCUUUUCGAGGAGAAUUCCCUUGGCAGGCACUUUUGACUGAGGAAGGAAAAGCAAUCUGUGGUGCUGUUUUACUAAAUCGUCAGUGGGUUGCAACUGCUGCUCACUGUCUCUUUAAAGGUCAUAUACGAAAACCAAUUGAACGGUUACAGAUAAUAGUUGGUGAACACAAACAGUCUGAAGAAGAAGGCAGUGAACAAAGAAGGAAUCUGUCUGAAGCUAUUGAUCACGAGAACUUUAACAAGAAGACAAUUGACCAUGACAUUGCGGUGCUGAAACUAGAAUCCCCGAUAGUGUUUGAUGAUUACGCAGUUCCGAUCUGCUUGCCUGAGCCCAGGUUUGCUGUGCGUGAGCUGAUGCAGAUUCUGUAUUCCACAGUGACUGGUUGGGGAAGGCGAAGUGAGGCAGGUCUGGGAUCCAACAUACUGCGAAAACUUCAAAUACCAUUUGUUCGCAAGUCUUUGUGCUCCCCAACUACCAAUUAUAACAUAACGGACAACAUGUUCUGUGCUGGCUACAAGGAUGCAUUCCUAGAUUCUUGUUCAGGAGACAGUGGGGGACCGCUUGCCACACAAUAUAAGGGCACUUGGUUUUUGACUGGAAUAGUGAGCUGGGGAGAAGGCUGUGCUCGGCAAGGCAAAUAUGGAAUUUAUACUAAAGUUUACAAGUUCGUUGAAUGGAUCAAUCAACAUAUUAAUCGUAAUAGUUCCUCAGCUCUUUCUCAAAUUUCCGGUAACCACACAUCUGUGCAAUAAAUAUCAAAUUGCUUCUUAAAUAAUAUAUAUAAUAAUCCUUGCAUUUAAUAUACCACCUUAUCACGUUUUCGAGACGUCUCAAAGCGUUUCACAGAAUAUAUUGUAAAGUGAAUUGACUGUAUAUUUUGUGACUAAAACGCAGGAGCCAAUUGUGCACAGCAGUGUCCACAAACAGUCAUGGGUUGAGUGACCAAAUUAUUAUUAUUUAAUUAUUGAGAUUUAAUUUCAAAUAACUGUCUGACAAUGCUUUAAUGUAACCAUUGUUCAAUAAACCAUUCAAUUUGCCAGGGAAAAGAAUCAAAUAACUUGAAUAUUGAUUUUCUUCACUAACAGCUUUAAUUCUGAUUUUAGAAUUUGUUUAUUUUAUGCCUGUUUUCAGGUUGGGAAAAUUAAGAAAGCAAUACAGCCACAUUUCCAGCAUCCACAUAACUAUAGCUGCAAAUUGUACCCGAUGAGGUAUUAUUGGUGCCGAAGCUUUCAACCACAGUACCCUCUGUAACUCCCUACUUCCACCAUAAAUCACACUGCCUCAUUAUCUCCUUUGUUUUUACAACUCUAAGAACUCCCUUAUCGAUGGGGCUUUCAGUCACUCGAUCCUAUCGCCCUGUGCCCCCACUUACCAUUGUACUCCGACUUCCACACCACCCUGUGAAGCAUUUAGAUGUUAACUUAUGUGAAACGCUCUAUAUAAGUGCACACAUUGUGAUUUCCAUGUGUAGGUACGAUGCAUGGAAUUCUCAAUUUGGUUUGGAUACUCUUAAGCAUGAUGAUGGGUUCCUCAUGUAUCAGAUUCCCAGCUGACCCCCCAAAAAUACAUAUUUAAUACAGUAUGUUAUAUAUUUGCUCGUUUUCACUGCUGUAUAAUUAUUUGUGUGCUAAGUUAAUGUAUUGUUAGGUGAUGAAUAUCAACAUACAUUUCAUAGAAUCAUAGAAUCAUAGAAUUGUACAGCACAAAAAGAGGCCAUUCGGCCCAUCGAGUCUGUGCCGGCUCUUUGAAUAGAGCAAUUAUGUCAAUCCCACUUCCCAGCCCUUUCCCCAUAACCCUGCAAACCCGUCCUCCUCAAAUACCCAAAAUUUACAUGAAAAUUUACAUUUACAUUAUCAAAACUGUGUGGUUUAUUCUACAUUUUCUCCAAUGCUUAUUGAUCAUGUAUGAAAAACCAAUCAUAAAAACAUUCUAGCCAAAGUGGUCUAUUUUAUGUCAGAAGUGAAAUGUUCAUUUGUUCUAUUAUUGGGACGUCCUCCCGACGUGAAAAGCGCUAUAUCAAAUGCAAGGAUUAUUAUUAUUAUUAUUACAGGAUUAAAGGUGCAUCUUUACUUUUCUAGGAAUACAACCUCCAUGGCAUUCUUUUCAAACGAUAAAAAAAUAAUUUUACACUAAGAAAAACUCAAAUGUAUACAGUGUGCCCUUUUCAGAAAUUAUUGUCAUUUUAGCUUUAUGUGUGUCAGCCUGGCUCAGUUUGUAGCACUCGUGCCUCUGAGUAAGAAGGUUAUGGGUUCAGGCCCCUCUUUGAGCAUUGAACCUGUAUAGUAGUUUGAUACUCUAACUAGCUCAGGGUUGCGUGAGUACUUCUUUGUGAGAGGUGCCGUUCUUUGGAUGAGAUGUCAAACUGAGACGUCAUCUGUCUGUUUAGAUGGACAUUAAAGGUCCCAUAACACAAUUCGGUUUGAGACGUUCUCCCAAAGUGAAAGGUGUUAAAUUAAAUGCAAGGAUUUUUUUAAUUGUAUAUUUUCCAUGGAGUUUCAGCAGGCAUUAUGAUUUGGUAGUAUAACUUUUGUGAGCUCUGUAUUAUAGAGCAUUAUAGCUACACAUGAUCAAAAUCAUUUCUAAAGUAAAAUGCAAUGUAAUCUGGAAGAAAGAAGACUAGCCCAUAGAAUAGUGCAUAAUCCAAUCCUUACUGAUCUUUUAACGUUUGGCAGCUACCCAACGAGAGAGCUCCAAAAAGAUGCAUUUAACUAUUUCAAAUUCUGUAGGAUUUUCAAGUUAGGUGGUAAAUAUUCAGUAGUUUUCAAUUUUCGCCUCAAAUUACUCUUGUCCUUAAUAUGUUCUGGUACUAAGCUAUGAAGUAUCCAAAUAAUUUCAAAUGGAUUGUUAAAUUUUGCUCAUAAAUGAUGAACUGCUAAUUUUGAAUAGUGUUAUUAAAGGACAGAAAACUUCUCAAAU